GCAGGGGGAGCGUCCGUCCACAGCCUGCAGUGCUGCGAUGUGCGGCCGCUUUAUUUGUCUCCUGGCUGCUCCGUCUCUCCACAUCUAAUCCUGUUUGCCAGACCGCCGAGGAACAGAUUCAUUAGGAGGGGCGACCUCCGAGCAGGCGGGAGGUGAAAGCAGCUCACUCUGUGCGUCUUUGGAACUGAGUUUCCAGAUGGGGAAGACACUCACUUUUUUCUGUGACUAUCUACAUGGUUCAUGGAGAUGCAGGUGCCUUCAGAAGACGCCCUUUCACUGACUGGAUAGAGGCAGAUGGCUUUUAGGAUGCGCUCGCUGAGGAAGACGGUGUUGCUCGCCCUCCUGGCGUCUGUGGUGCUGGUGCUGGCCCUCCUCCAUUCGUGGCCCACUCGAGCUUACACCACAGUGGAUGUGUGGCAGCGACCGGGACAGAUAGUUGAGAGGCAUCUGGAGGAGAGGCUCCCAGAGCCAGAUCACCGGUUAGGCAACAUCCCCUUUCACGUGAGGGACAACGUGGCAAGCUUGUUGGCACGUAACGGAUGUCUAUGUGAGGGCGAGAGUGGAGGAGUAAAUCUGCCCUUUGCCCAACUCUUAUUCCCACGGGUGUCAGCUCACCCGCUGCACACUGCCUUUGAGGCCUCUGAGCUGGAGGAAAUGAAGAGGAGACGGGCCAAAGAGUACAAGAGUUUCCAGAAGAGGUCACAGACACCUGCAGAUGUUCUCAUCAUUGCAGAGGCUAACAGUCCCUUACAGUAUCCAACACAGGGGGCGGAGGUACGACCCCUGAAAACAAUCAUCAUCCCAGGCUUGGCCUUACACGACCAUCCCAGAGACCACUACUCAAUAAACAUCACUGCCACACUCGGAACGCUGAACGUGGCCGCAGAGGUGGACGGGGUGAAAAUCAAAGGUGACGGCGAGAUGCACAUGACUCUGUCGAGCAGCCUCCUGCCCAACCUGAACCGACAGCUGCAGUUUGUCACCUACACCAACACGCUGUUCCACCCGAGCACAGCCGACACAGUGCAGUUUGAGACAGAGGGCCAUCAAGCCAUCUUCAGUAUCAAGAUUCGCCACGGUGUAACUCCCAAACUGUAUAACACAGGAUCCAAAGGAGAGUACAACGUCAGUGCCCUCGUUACCAUAGCUACGAAGACUUUCCUGCGUUAUGAUAAGCUUCAAGAUCUUAUCGACAGCGUGAGAAAAUACUACCCAACUGUCACCAUAGUAAUCGCUGAUGACAGUGAAAAUCCCAAAACCAUCUCCGGGCCUUACAUCGAACACUACAUCAUGCCUUUCGGAAAGGGUUGGUUUGCCGGACGCAACCUGGCCGUCUCUCAGGUGACCACAAAGUACGUGCUGUGGGUGGACGACGACUUCAUCUUCACAGCCAACACCAAGCUGGAGAAACUGGUGGAUGUUUUAGAGAGAACCACGCUGGAUCUGGUGGGUGGUGCAGUGCGGGAGGCCACAGGUUAUACUGCCACCUACAGACAGACCAUCUCCAUUGAGCCAGGGGAGGAGGAUGGUGACUGUUUACACAUGAGGAGAGGGUUUCACCACGUCAUCCAAGGCUUCCCCAACUGCGUAGUGACUGACGGGGUCAUUAACUUCUUCCUGGCCCGCACCGACAAAGUCCAGCAGGUCGGCUUUGACCCGCGCCUCGCCAGGGUAGCUCAUCUGGAGUUCUUCAUCGACGGCCUGGGAUCUCUCCACGUGGGCUCUUGUGACGAUGUCAUUGUCAAUCAUGCGAGCAAAAUCAAGCUCCCCUGGGUCAGCCAAUCGGAGAGCGACAAGACGUACGCCAAGUUUCGCUACCCGCCGGCCUCCUCUGACGCCACACACACGAAAAACGGCCUCCUGUUCUUUAAGAACCGAUUCCAGUGUUUGACUCAUAACUAGUUCCUCUCCUAUUUACCCUGAGGGUUCCUCUGCUCUUCCUGAGUUGCCAAAGAAGUUCUCCUCCACCGCGUCCCAUCAGAUAAGAUUUCAGACAAACACUUUGCCUUGUUUUGAAAACCUUGACAUGAGGUUUCAGGCUUUACCAUAGAGAAAAUGCGCCAUUAGUGCAGUUUUAGCAUGUUUAUGCAGUCAGUGCAGAGUUCUGCAGUGAACUUUAAAGUCCUCACACAGAGUAAACAUCCAGAAGCCAGGUCUGAACAUCCAGGCUUUCCUCUGAGGUGGAAACAGUAGAGAAUCAGCUCUAAAAACAAACAUAUCGUCUUGUUUACACAGACCUAGUUAAAUCACAGCACGAGCUUGAUUAAUUCAAGGUAAUGGAGGGAUGACGCUAUUUGUUUGUCAAAUCUUAUCUGGCCACACAUCCUUGAGUUGUUCUAACACAGAGACUGAGCUUUGGGAAAACCCAACAGGUAGCAUCUAUUCAGUCUGAGUCACUUCAUCGUCAUUCUGUGCUGAUGUGAGUAAAGGCACGUGUGUCCUCCUUUCGAUUUGCACUAUCCAAAAACACUGAGCUUGGAAAAGCAAUAGUGACAUCAGAGAACCACCGUUAGCGAGGACAAGGGACACUUCAUGGAAAAUGACGAUCCUGUAGACACAGAGCAUAGGUAUCCGUUUUACCAAUGCCACACGAAGAACGCAUUCAGAACCUUUUCACCUGUGGUACCUACGCUCCGUGACUGACCGGCCGUGCCAAAGGUUUUGGCUGCUAGCUUUGGGGUGUUAUCACCUGAGUUGUGGUUUUGCUACCUUCCUUUAGCCCAGAAUCUUACGUGUUAUUUUUUUAGCGAUUAAUCACAUCUGAGGAGGUCCCGUGCAUCUGAGGCUCACCUGGUGUUACCUGGUCUGGGAGCAGCCUUGUUCUUUGUCUUCUGCUGUCAGUCACCGCUCAACAGAUGUCCACAGGAAGAGGUUUCUGUCCAGCGCACGCUGAUGAAUAAGACUGACGGUGAUUGCAUCUUUACAUGCGGCCUAAAAGAAAAGUUGAAUGAACCAAAGUGCAUGUUUGUUUUUCCUCACUUUAAGAGAAGUAAAGAGUGAAAAAAAAAAACGCACAUUAAUGAGAGUUUGAUUAUAAACUAAGGUAG